CUGCCAACUUGCUUUUUGGAGAGAGCUCGACAGCUUUCUUAUUCACAUAUUUUUUUUUUGUACUACAGCCAAAUUUCGUAGACAAUCAUAAGCAGAGGGAAACAUGGAAACGGAUAUGGAUGUGGCAAACGCGCUGGGUGAAACAUUGGGCGCCGCCGAGUCCAUGCCGGAGGAUACGCUGGGCGAGAGCCUGCCCUGGCCGCAGGAUGUGCACCUCUAUCAGCCGCCGGAGGAGACACAGCUGCUGCUGCCGGAACGCGCCAGUUGCCUGGCUGUGAAGACAUAUCUGCGUAUGUGCCGGCUACCGUAUGCGGAGCGGCAGUGCGACAAUGCGGAGUUCAUGUCACCGGGCGGACGCCUGACCAAGCUGCCGCUGCUGCGACUGGGACGACAUCUGUUAACCGAAUUCGUGCCGAUUGUGGGCCAUGUGGAGGUCACCCAGCUGUCGCAUGCUUUGAGCGCCUGGCUGUCGGCCGAGGAGCGCGAGGAUAUGCGCAGCAUGGUCACCCAUGCGGAGAACACAUUCACCCUGGCCGAGCUGCAUCAGUGCUAUCUGCAGCCACAGAACUAUGCCAGUCACACGCAGCCGCGCAACGGUGCCGCACAUCCCUGGCCACUGAGCAGCAUCCGGCGGCACGAGAAACGCGACCAGGCGCUGCGCCUGUUGCGCGUCUAUCAGUGGCACGAACUGGACACUGCCGCUGUCCGGGCACAGCUGCAGCAGUGCUGCCAGCUGCUGAGCGACAAGCUGGAACAGGUGGAGACGGAGACCGACUCCCAGCUGAUUGCCAGCUAUCUGUACGGUGCACAGCUCUGUGAGCUGGAUGCCCUUGUCUUUGGCCAUGUGGCCGCCAUUUUGGCCAGCCAGCUGGUUAGCUCCAUGCUGGCGGAGACCGUGCGCGGCUAUCCGCGCCUCAUUGCCCACAGUCGCCGCAUCGACGAGGCCUUCUACGAGGGCAAGCAGCUGGCUGGCGAGCAGUAGCAGCGGUAGGGAGAAGAGCCGACCGAAAAAAAAGAAGAAAAACAGAAAUGAAACAAAUAAACUUAUUAUUUUACUCUGCGCCAGUCGGCACUGCACGACUAGCAGAUACCCUGCUUUGAACAUUUACAAAUCCUAUCCUACUUUCAUAAAUGCAUACAGAAAAACUUA